AUGGCACAACUCGCCAUGUCGACCGUCGAUUCCUACCUCAAGGCCUUGCUGGCGCUUUCCGGAAACGAGCAGCUUGCCACACCCCGCCAACAUCUUCUCCAAGGCAUCAAUGACGACGACCUUUCGGAACUCCUGAAGAAGGUCAUGGGAAGAGAGUUCGCGCGCGGCGGCUUGGAGGACAUCGUUUCAGUCAUCUUGGACGUCAUCGCUAGGGACCCGGCCUCAGUCAACGGUGACGGUGGCUGUGUCGCGACGGCUAGCGUCAAGAGUGAGCAACCGCACGGAGAUGACAUCCAGCAGUCAUGUGAGUAG